UUCUGAAUUUAUGCAACAGUGACCAGCUGCACUGUUAUGAAGCAAAGUGCUGCAGCAGAACCUCAUGUUACAGUGAGUGACAGGUCGGGUUUUGGUUGAGUCAAAAUCCUCAGAUCAAAUCCCUCCAGUUUCUGUGUGAGCUCAAAGUGCAACAUAAACAUCUGUUUGAGUCUUGGUCAUCUGCGUUGAAAUCCUCCCACCAUGCGGCUGGAGGCCCAGCUCAAACUGUGUCAGAGAUGUGUGUGGUGCUGCAGGAGUGGACUGCGUCUGCUCUCUCAGAGCCACGCUCACAGAAAAUCUUUGGACCACUACGAUCUCCUUGGAAUCAAAUCUGAUGCCUCCUUGGAGGAAAUCAAAAAUGCUUUUUUUGACAAAUCUAAGAAGCUGCACCCAGACAGCGACCUGUCGAACCCAGCGCUGCACGGCCAGUUUGUGGAGCUGAAUGAGGCUUACCAUGUUCUGAGCAAAGAGUCGAGCAGGAAGGCGUACGACUUCCAAAUCAGACACAGAUACACCGGGGGCAAGGCCUUUACAUCCACCUCCAACCACACCACGUACAGAGCCAGUACGAACGCUCAGGACAACAGUUAUUACUGGGAUCAGUUUCAUCGGUCUCAUUCCCCUGAGAUGUUGUCAGAGGAGCAGCAGAAGAGAAGGAGGAGGAACUUCCGCCUGGUGGGCUACUGCGUCCUCACUAUGUUUCUCAGCGUAGGAGCUCACAUAGUCUUCUUCAGCAAAUUGGAAGACGUGCACACUAACUUCAUGGACGAGAAAGAUAGAGUGAUCACAGAGAUCUAUAAUGAUUCCAAGCAGCGAGCAAGGGUCAACGGUUUUAAGAAACAGACAGAAAUCCUCCGGCAGAAGCACGCCGAGUUCCAGGAGAAAAUCAAAAACCCCAACAGCGGAGACGCCAAGUAGGAGAGUCUCCUGCUGCGUGCUGUGAUGCUGGAGUCUGACGUCUCAGCAGGUGGAGGGUGGCAGACUGAAUGUGGUGCUAGUUUUAGAAUUUAAAAUUUUUCGGUUGAAGUAAAAAAAAAAAGACAGCCUCGAUCCUCAGGAAGAAACACAAGAAUCAGGUUGUGAAGUGUGAAUAUUUUCAACUGGUUCUCUAAGGUGUGAAUUUCUGACCAAGCUGAGUUUUAUAUAAGACUGAACCGUUUAUAGAGGGAAUUCUCUUUGCAUCAGGUGCACGCUAAGAAGAAGAUUCUCCGACCUUUUCCUCUUUUUGUUAGAAGGAGCCUGAAUGAACAAUGUGAACCUCAAAGGUUCAUGUUAGUUAUUGUCCUCAGCUGUGUCAGAGGUACACAACACACAAGGCUCACAGAUGACAGUGAAUUAAUGGCACAUGAGAUCAGAUGAUUAAGUCAUGACUUGAAUGCCGAUACAUUUGCUGGUAUUAACUGAAGUUGAACAAGAUCAUGUCUGUGGUUACAAUGGGAAGGGACAGAUUAAUGCUUUUCUAUGCUUGUUUUAAGACCUCACUCUGUUGAGGUUUGAAAGUGCAAAGUAUUCUCUUCAUUAAUCUUUUUCUCCCCCCAUUUUGUGCGGUGGAAACAUGAAUCACUUCAAGGCAUUUUUAAGAUUCCCAGUUUUUGAAGUUCAGGAUCUUGCUGCCAGCCAAUUCAACUGAAAAAUACACAUUUGUUUCAGACUGUAAAAGAUAUUUAAUAAGUUAAGAAGUGAUGGUAUCGGAAAACAAUGUUAAUCUUAAUGACAUUGAGACUGUGAAAAUGUGCACAUUGAAUGGAAAGUACACUGGUUAUUGUAUAAACCAUUUGACCAUAUUGCCUUUUGGUUUUUAGAGAUUAGAGGUUGUUUUUUGUUUUCGACUGCCUCGUCUUUUCCCUGCAGGCUUUUCAGUGAGGAAUGAUUAAAAGAUCAACUCUUCCUCAUCAA